AGUAUGACCCCUUAUGACCCUCGGACCCACAUCAGCCCUCUGCUGAUAUCAUUUGUUCGAUACCCGCGUUGACCCGGCCCCCCAUCACCUUUUCCACAAUUGGUUUUGAUCACUUUCAGGUCAAGGGCUAUGUUUUGUGAUAUCUCCCGCGAACAUUCAGUCCAGACACCCGAUGGAAAGAGAUUCUUUGUCAGAUCUCCGACCAGAGAUGACUGUCGAAGUCGGGAAAAACUGGGUUUCGACCUUUGAUCGCGUGCUAUACCUAUGAAGACAAUUUCCUCCGGCAGUCACUAGUUAUUCUGCCAUAAAACCACCUCCCAAAUCCGACCAUACCUCAGAAAAUCACCACUCCUUACCUUGCUAUCAACUCGUUUUCAGGACGCUAUGGUGCAGAACACGUCUUCGACACCAUCUGCACCCGAGGAACACUUCGACAAGGCUAAGAAACACCUGUGGGCAACUGAUCCCCUCUUACAAGGUCAAUGUACCUCCCAGAGGCUUUCGGAGCCAAGACAGGCGUCGUCAGACAUUUCACCACCCGAUGACAUCGACUGCCACCUCGGUCAAACAGGCACGAGCAGCGAUCCACAAUCCCCCCGGUCGAAAAUGCCUCCAGAGAACUCGGAAUGCAUUUACAAGACGCUAUCUACGAGGAAUCAACAUGUUCUGCCACCGCUUCCGCGUGAGGAAUUCAAUUUCAAUCAAGACCGUCGCUUACCACUACCACGGUGCUGGAAUAACACGGAUCACUCCUUUCCACGGGAAAGACCGCCUACCAGUUUCUGCACUGCCUCAUCUCCAUCUUCCUCAACCGACCCGCGGGGCCGAAAUGAAGGUCGGCAACAACGACCCUCUUACCCCGUUUCCCUCUCGAUCUUCAAUUCCCCUACUGCGACCUACAUGUGGCCCAGCUUUCAGGCUGCGUCGCAGAUGAGACAUCCACCUGUCAUUUACGUCAACUACGACAGCAAAGACUCCACGCGCUCAGCGUCAACCAGUUCCGUGUCAAGUCUUCAUAACUCGCCUACCAUCUCUUCACCAGCAACCUCGCAUCCUGACUACCAGGUUACGAAUGUCAUACCCAGAAAACGCAGCUCUUCGCCCGCUGAGCGCACAUCGCCUGACGGAACACCCUCUUUCACGACCCUUGUGAAGCCGCUGAGCCAUGUAUAUCUUGGAGACAAGGACGCCGGUCCAGGGAAUUCACAGGGAUUACAGCAGAAUGGUGGUCGUCCAAGGCUUCCGGGCCAUGGACCAUCGAAUCAAGUGAUGUCUCCCAACACCUCAUCAAAUUCCGCCUCCUCGGAUGACGAACGGAGGGCACCGCGCGAGGAUAGUCCUCAAGCAAGCGAAGCAAGCGAGCGAUCCAUAACGGCUGGUCCCGUCAUUCGCCGACCUUCUCCAAGGGGCGAUGGGGAAACAUGGGAGAAGUACGCGAAACCAACUCUCUCUGCAGACGGAACUACACGGAGGUGGCAAUGUACUUGGACGGCGACGGAAUUGGGCAGGGUAAUUGAUUGUCAGUACACGUCCAAAAAGCAGCUUGUGAAACGCCACGUCGAAACCACCCAUUUGCGGUUCAAGCCUUUCGUUUGUGAAGUCUGCCAGAAGGGAUUCCCGCAAAAGACAUCGUUAGAUACCCAUAUGCAUGGACACACUGGCUCCACACCUCAUGUUUGUCGAUAUGAAUGUGGAAUGGCGUUCAAGGACCCGGCACGCAGACACAGACACAUGGUAGAAGAACAUGGCUACGUCCCGAGACAAUCGAAAAAGAAGCAUAAGGUUGGGCAGCCUACACAGGAGAUAACAGACUUAGAAUCCGGGCGCCCAUAGAAUGCACAGGAUACGCAACAGGACUGUGAGCAAGCUGGGCCGGUCGCCACAGAGUGGAUCUGAUGUAUUUUAAGUGGACCUCAGUGAGCGUUGAUGGGCGCAUUAUUAUUCGGACAGAUCGGACGUAUAUGUUAUGUAUAUAUUUUUCCGUAUAAUUAUGAAGCGGUG